GCAUGCCAUACAACGAUGGAUGCAGUGUGAAUGUAAGAUAUGCUCCAUUCUUAACUCGGUUUAUAUACGUGUACCUUAAAAACAUCUGGCGGGAUGAUGACAUCGAUAUUGAGAAAUUGUUGGGGGCUAUCGCGAAAUUUGCCGGUUGCCACGUCAAAGUGUUAUGCUGUUGCAUUUCCAUCAUCGGUAAGAUGCAAUACCACAACAGCCAGCGAGAAAACUGAAAAAGCUGAAACACGUCCUACAGUACGCAAACCCAGCCAUGUCGAUGUCAAUCGUUUGAUAAGUUUUGGUCGAUACAUUACAAAUUGCCUGCCAAAAUAUAUACAAAAGACACAGCUGACAGCUGGUGAUGAGUUGGAGUUACUCAUUGUCCCAGAUGGCAUUAUCCCUACACUCACAUUUUUGAAAGACCAUCAUAACACUCAAUUUGUCAAUCUGACAGAUAUUACUGCACUAGAUGUGCCUAGUAGACAGUAUAGAUUUGAGCUCGUCUACAAUUUGCUGUCAUUGCGAUAUAACUCACGUAUCAGAGUGAAAACGUAUACCGACGAGUUGACGCCAGUCGACUCAGUCUACAGCAUAUUUAAAGUUGCUGAUUGGUAUGAGCGAGAAGUGUGGGAUAUGUUUGGCAUAUUCUUCUCGAAUCAUCCCGACCUUCGCAGGAUUCUUACAGAUUAUGGUUUUGAAGGUCAUCCACUGAGAAAAGAUUUUCCACUCAGUGGAUAUGUUGAGGUACGCUAUGACGACGAGCAGAAAAGAGUAGUGAUUGAACCAUUAGAGUUGGCACAAGAGUUCCGUAAAUUCGAACUAGCCGCUCCGUGGGAACAGUUUCCUAACUUCAGGGAUGCUCCAGCAGCUUCUGAAACUAUCUCGAAAGAAAAAUAACUGCUUUUGUUUAAAUCAUAGUCCUACUUGAAAAUGAGUGUAAAAUAUUCUAGUAAAAUGUAAUUUAUAUUAUAUUGUAUUUCCUUGUUAACCAUCUCUAAAUAACUAAUUCAGACUUCUGUUAUGAAAAUAUAUACAGAAUGAUAUAAAAUAA